GACUGUCACUGAAACGGGGGGCGGGCAGGAAAGGCGGCCCCAAGAGUACAGGGCACCGCCAGGGGAAGGGGAGGUUCGAUUCUGGAACUUGCCCCUUGUGGACCGAGCCCUGGUCCACCAAACUGGACGCCCGGAGCUGGGGACCUCUCAGGCCGCGCCAGGGCGCCCCUCCCCCUCCCUCGUCUGGCCGCAAUGAGAGGCAGAUGGCGGGGACCGAGCCGGGGGCGGCGGCCGCGGCUCUCACGAAUCCACGAUGCCCGCCGCCCCCCCUCCCCCGGCUGGGCUCUGCACGCUUCGCCCUCUCGGCUGCACCCCCGCCCCCAAGUUGGGGGGAGCAAGGGAGGAGCCACCCCCCCUCGUCACCAAAGCCCUUGCGCCCCCCCUUCCUUGGCCACGGUUGCGAUGGCAACUGGGGCUCCUGCCAGCGCCGUUUGGGGGUUUGGGAAUCGCUGCUAAUUGGGUUCAUGUGUGAGCCGCCCCCAGCCCAGUCCAGCGCCUCGCUAAGCACGCCUCCAGGCCCAGCUCCAGCCCCUCUCACCCACCUCCCUCACCUUAGAGGCCCGCCCUGUCGGGUACCCUAGGUCCCAGGAUCUAGGGAAGAGUGGGAAAGGGCCUGGGCACGCCUGCAUCUAUCUCCUCCGUCUUUUGAAGUCCAACUUUGUUUUUGUCUUGUGGCUCAGAAGGUCUCCUCCUGGCACCACUGCUCUCUCCAGCCAUCUCACUAGGGGAGCAGGAGGAUCAAGGGAUGGGUUGGAAGAAAGAUCUUAGUUCCAUGCCCUCCAUGUUUCAAAAGAGAAUCUGCAACCUGCAUGAACUGGACUCAGAGGAUGCCCCAUCAUGCUGCCGCCUGGCCCUGGGGGAGCCUCCUGCCCCUAUUGGUAUUCCCCGACCUCCACCCCCUCGGCCUGGCAUGCACUCCCCACCACCGCGUCCAGCCCCCUCACCUGGCACCUGGGAGAGCCAGCCUGCCCGGUCUGUGAGGCUGGGGGGCCCAGGAGGGGGUGCUGGGGGUGCUGGUGGCGGCCGUGUUCUUGAGUGUCCCAGCAUCCGCAUCACCUCCAUCUCUCCAACACCUGACCCACCUGCUGCGCUGGAGGACAACCCUGAUGCCUGGGGGGAUGGUUCUCCCAGAGAUUAUCCCCCACCAGAAGGCUUUGGGGGCUACCGAGAGGCAGGGGGCCAGAGCAGGGGGGCCUUUUUCAGCCCCAGUCCUGGCAGCAGCAGCCUGUCCUCGUGGAGUUUCUUCUCCGAUGCCUCAGAUGAGGCAGCUCUGUAUGCAGCCUGCGACGAGGUGGAGUCUGAGCUAAAUGAGGCAGCUUCCCGCUUUGGCCUGGGCUCCCCACUGCCCUCACCCCGGGCCUCCCCUAGACCAUGGACCCCUGAAGAUCCUUGGAGCCUGUAUGGUCCAAGCCCUGGAGGCCGAGGGCCAGAGGAUAGCUGGCUACUCCUCAGUGCUCCUGGGCCCACCCCAGCCUCUCCCCGGCCUGCCUCUCCAUGUGGCAAGCGGCGCUAUUCCAGCUCUGGAACCCCAUCUUCGGCCUCCCCAGCUCUGUCCCGCCGUGGCAGCCUGGGGGAAGAGGGGCCGGAGCCACCUCCACCACCCCCAUUGCCUUUGGCCCGAGACCCUGGCUCCCCUGGUCCCUUUGACUAUGUGGGGGCCCCACCAGCUGAGAGCAUCCCCCAGAAGACACGGCGGACUUCCAGUGAGCAGGCGGUGGUCCUGCCUCGAUCUGAGGAGCCUGCCCCGUGCAAUGGGAAGCUGCCCUCCGGAGCAGAGGAAUCUGUGGCUCCUUCUGGGGGUCCCCAGAAGGAGGUGGCUGGCAUGGACUACCUGGUGGUGCCAUCCCCACUCGCUUGGUCCAAGGCCCGGAUUGGGGGACACAGCCCCAUCUUUAGGACCUCUGCCCUACCCCCCCUGGACUGGCCUCUGCCCAGCCAGUAUGAGCAGCUGGAGCUGAGGAUCGAGGUGCAGCCUAGAGCCCACCACAGGGCCCACUAUGAGACAGAAGGCAGCCGUGGAGCUGUCAAAGCUGCCCCUGGUGGUCACCCUGUAGUCAAGCUCCUAGGCUACAGUGAGAAGCCGCUGACCCUACAGAUGUUCAUCGGCACUGCAGAUGAAAGGAACCUGAGGCCUCAUGCCUUCUACCAGGUGCACCGUAUCACGGGCAAGAUGGUGGCCACGGCCAGCUAUGAAGCCGUAGUCAGUGGCACCAAGGUGUUGGAGAUGACCCUGCUGCCUGAGAACAACAUGGCGGCCAACAUUGACUGUGCUGGAAUCCUGAAGCUUCGGAACUCAGACAUUGAGCUUCGGAAGGGUGAGACGGACAUCGGGCGAAAAAACACACGCGUGCGGCUGGUGUUCCGGGUACACGUGCCCCAGGGAGGCGGGAAGGUCGUCUCGGUGCAGACAGCAUCGGUGCCCAUUGAGUGCUCCCAGCGCUCAGCCCAGGAGCUGCCCCAGGUGGAGGCUUACAGCCCUAGCGCCUGCUCCGUGAGAGGAGGGGAGGAACUAGUACUGACUGGCUCGAAUUUCCUGCCAGACUCCAAGGUGGUGUUCAUUGAGAGGGGCCCUGAUGGAAAGCUGCAGUGGGAGGAGGAGGCCAUGGUGAACCGACUGCAGAGCAAUGAGGUGACACUGACCCUGACCGUCCCUGAGUAUAGCAACAAGCGGGUGUCCCGGCCAGUCCAGGUCUACUUUUAUGUCUCCAAUGGGCGGAGGAAGCGCAGUCCUACCCAGAGUUUCAAGUUCCUGCCUGUGAUCUGCAAGGAGGAGCCCCUACCAGACUCAUCUCUCCGGGGCUUCCCUUCUGCAUCGGGCCCCCCUUUUGGCACUGACAUGGACUUCUCACCACCCAGGCCCCCCUACCCCUCCUAUCCCCAUGAAGACCCUGCUUACGAAGCUCCUUACCUGUCAGAAGGCUUUGGCUAUGGCACGCCCCCUCUGUACCCCCAGACGGGGCCCCCACCAUCCUACAGACCGGGCCUGCGGAUGUUCCCUGAGAGUGGGGGUGCCACAGGUUGUGCCCGCCCACCUCCAGUCUCUUUCCUUCCCCGCCCCUUCCCCAGUGACCCUUACGGAGGGCGGGGCUCCUCUUUUCCCUUGGGGCUGCCAUUCCCUCCUCCAGCCCCCUUUCGGCCUCCUCUUCCUGGGUCCCCACCGCUUGAAGCCCCCUUCCCUUCCCAGAGUGGUGUGCAUCCCCUGCCUGCUGAGGGAUACAAUGAGGUAGGGCCAGGCUACGGCCCUGGGGAGGGGGCUUCGGAGCAGGAGAAAUCCAGGGGUGGCUACAGCAGCGGCUUCCGAGACAGUGUCCCUAUCCAGGGUAUCACGCUGGAGGAAGUGAGUGAGAUCAUUGGCCGAGACCUGAGUGGCUUCCCUGCACCUCCUGGAGAAGAUCCUCCCGCCUGAACCAUCGCCUGGCAACCUCAGCCCCAGCCCACCUUCCCUCCUUCCUGGGGUGGUGGCUCCAGAAGCUUGGGGCCAACUCUGGUUCCUCUUUCCCCAGCUUCUGCUUGCCUCCCUGUCUUCCCCUCCCCACUGAGGCGCGGCCCCUGGCCCUGGUGCUGCCUUGGAGGGCUGGGGGAGGGAGAGUGUGGAGGUCGGGAUGGGAUGGAGACAGGCUGGGUGCCAGAACUGGCUGGAGGGAAGACGCGUCUAGAUUGUGUACAGGCUGCAGCAGUGGUGGGAAGCUGGGGACAGGUUGAUGGGUAAUAAACUGCUCACUAACCAGUG